CCCACUGCUACUCGCACAGCACAAACACCAACACCUAACACUCACAACGAUCCGCGCCAUCAAUCUGCUCUGCUCAUCUCGCGACUGCAAAACCUAGUCCCCACGCUGCGCGCUCGCAGCGUCGUGCAUCGUUGCGUGUGUCCAGUCCUGCUCGCUCAACCGCCCAGUCCAUCACGGGUGUCGAGAAGUCUCAAUCUCUAACCUUCACCCUGCUCGCUCCCUCAACCAACAACACCCGUUUCCCGAUUAACUACCCUAGGACUUCGGCUCAACAUGUCCGACCUCAACGCCGUGGAGAUGCUCCUUGACAAUGCCGCCGCCGCCGAGGAGGCCCAGCGUGCCAGCCCCUCCUCCCACGACAGCCGAACCUCGCACCGCCGCAACGGAGACGAUCGCUCCUCAGAACGUGACCGGCACCGCCGCGACCGCGACCGCGAUGGUGACCGUGAUCGUGGACGAAUCUUUCGUGAGUCAGAUAAAGAGCGACACAGGAGCCGCGAGCGUCGGCGACGAGAUGGAAGCCGGACCCGUUCGAAUAUGGAUGCUGACACAGAUGAAGAACUCCCAGACAGGACCCGCAAUGGUGACGACCAGCACCGGCGGCGUGAGCGCUCUCGUGAGCGUCGUGAGCGGGAUGAGAAGCGCCGAGGAGACUACUAUGUUGGGGGGGGGCACCAUCGCUCUCGAUCACCCCGCCGUAAUCGUGAGGACCGCCGCGACAGCUAUCGCUCGGGACGUGACCGCUCCCGAUCCCGCGAGCGUGAUACUCGUCGUCGUGAUGAUAAUCGUCGUCCACGACGCCGGAACAGCCCCGCUACCCCACCCCCUACGGAAGAUGACCGAGACAGACGCACCAUCUUCGUCCAGCAGAUCUCAGCCCGUGCCGAAGUUCGUCACCUCCGCCAAUUCUUUGAGCGCGUCGGUGCCGUAGUUGAAGCCCAGAUCGUCACGGAUCGUGUCACCGGACGUUCCAAAGGCGUCGGUUAUGUCGAGUUCAAGGAAGAAGAGUCAGUCAAAGCCGCUAUCGAGCUAACCGGCCAGACUUUGAAAGGCGUUCCGAUCAUCGCUCAAUUGACGGAAGCCGAGAAAAACCGUGCUUCACGUGCUAGUGCCGAGGGCGCUGGCACUGCAGGCAACGGUGCUCCAUUCCAUCGUCUCUACGUCGGAAACAUUCACUUCAGCGUCACCGAGGAGGACCUAAGGACCAUCUUCCAACCCUUCGGAGAGUUGGAGCAGGUGACCCUUCAGACUGAUGAGCAGACCACGCGGUCCAAGGGUUACGGUUUCGUUCAGUUCCGUGACCCCGAGGCCGCUAAAGCUGCCCUCGAGCAGAUGAAUGGUUUCGAGCUAGCUGGCCGCCCCAUCCGAGUCGGCCUGGGAAGCGACAAGUUCACCCCAGAGUCUACGGCUAACCUUCUCAGGAAUUUCAACUCGCAGGCCUCGACGUAUCAAGGUUCUGCCUUUAGUGGUGCUGGCGGUCGUGGUGCGCAUGCUGGAGGCUCCGGUGGAGUCUUCGAUCGUGCCCAUGGUCGCGAUAAUCGUGGAGUGAGCGGCGCGUCCGCUCUAGACGACACUGACGUUGGCGGUGUUAACUUCAACAACUUCAACCGCGUAUCUUUGAUGCACAAGCUUGCCCGCAUCGAGGAGCCAGAACCUGUGAACGGUCGCUCCAAUGUCGGGGUUUCUACCACCUCACGUGCUCCAGUUGUCGAGGAGAAAGCCCCAUCAAAAUGCGUCAAGAUUGAGAAUAUGUUUAAUCCUGACAUCGAGCUCGCUUCCUAUGGCGCAAACUGGGCCAAGGAACUUGAGAAAGAAGUUAAGGAAGAGUGCCAGAGGGCGUAUGGGCCUGUCGUCCAUAUUGCGGUUGACCAAAACUCCCAGGGCGACGUAUACGUCAAGUUCGAGACGGUCUCGGCCGGCGAGCGAGCCUACCAAGGCCUCAAUGGUCGACUAUUUAAUGGCAACCGAGUCAUGGCCUCCUAUGUGGUCGAUAUGGUGUACAACUCCAUGUAUCGCACUGCUUCCAGUAGGUACUAGCCCUCCUUCCUUACCUUGCCGACGCCAUGCCAUGCUUGCCAUACCAAUGCUAUGAUUGAGUGAGGCUUUGGACUCUCAAGGGUCAUUCGGAGGAUGCCGUCAGACGUGGUCUUAGCCACUGAUAAAGAUUGGGAUGUUGUUAGUAUGGAAGGAUCUGCAGGAAUGAAGAUUGAAGAUGGAAUGCAUGUACAUAAAGUGCUGACGCGUCUGACUGGUUAAUAGUCUUCAUUGCUCAUAUAGUGUAGGGUUUUGCGCGGUUCACCUGGGUAGGAGGAGAUGGAAUUGGCCGCCUACCACCUGUAUUGGUGGACGGUUUGGUAGGUCGAUAUUUUCCAGUGUGGCGGGAGUCGAUUUCGUCGUCUACUCGCCCAUCUGGCCAAAAAUCAGAACCCUUCAACCCCUC